AUGAACCCAAAUCGAGGAGAAACACGAGGGCCACAGUUACAGAGGAGAAACACAAGGGUCACAGUUACAGAGGAGAAACACGAGGGCCACAGUUUUAGAGGAGAAACACGAGGGCCACAUUUACAGCGGAGAAACACGAAGGCCACAGUUAUAGAGGAGAAACACGAGGGCCACAUUUACAGCGGAGAAACACGAGGGCCACAGUUACAGAGGAGAAACACGAGGGCCACAGUUUUAGAGGAGAAACACGAGGGCCACAUUUACAGCGGAGAAACACGAGGGCCACAGUUACAGAGGAGAAACACGAGGGCCACAGUUUUAGAGGAGAAACACGAGGGCCACAUUUACAGCGGAGAAACACGAGGGCCACAGUUACAGAGGAGAAACAAGAUGGCCACAGUUAUAGAGGAGAAACACGAAGGCCACAGUUAUAGAGGAGAAACACGAAGGCCACAGCUACAGAGGAGAAACACGAAGGCCACAGUUAUAGAGGAGAAACACGAGGGCCACAGUUAUAGAGGAGAAACACGAAGGCCACAGUUAUAG